AUGCCCUGCCCGAUAAGCAUCACCAAGUUCGUGGGGACCAUAUCCCUUGGUCUGUUGACGGGAACGUCCUACACUCUCCAAUCCAUAACUCUACCCUCCCUCGCCCUUCUCCCCUCCGCAUCUCUGGCAGCCCGCACCCUUGCCACAAUCCAGACCCAAUCCACGCGGCAGAUCCUCACUCUCGCGUCGAUCUCCUCUCUAUCUCUGAUCACUGCAUACACCCUCGCAAGCCCGCGAGGCCGCCACCCAUACCUCCUUUGGACUGCGCUUGUAAGCUUCAUUGGGGGACAAGGUGUCGAGUACUGGUUUAAUGGCUUCUCACGGUUCCCGUCCUGGGGUAUCGGUAGCCGAUCAAGUCGCCGCGGACAGAGUGGACAGGUGAAGGCCUCGCGGGUUGCAAGUCCUUCGGCGAGCGAUGAGAGCGGAUAUAUCGAAGUGGAAUCGGACAGCAGUGACGAACACCAAGUGAACGGCGAGAAGGUCGAGACGGAGAUGAUCCGGGAGCGCAAAGUGCAGAAGGUCCGAAGUUGGAUUGCCGGAGUUGGGUUUGCAAUGGGCGUCGUGGGUAUCUGGGGUGAUGGCGCUUGA